UAGUAUAUAUAAAGAAAAGAUUUUGAAAUUUGAAUAAAAUAAGAGUGUCCAAGUCAGAGGCGAGCACGUGCCAGAUACCAAAGCAACGGUCCAGAUCAUGGAGCACUCACCAAAUCCAAGGGCUCCUAUUUGUCCGUGCAAACUCACACUUAUCGACUAACAACGGUCCACAAAGCGCCACGUGUUCUCAAGAUAAAGCGUUAUUAACCCUUCUGAUCCAACGGAUCCUGCUCAUUACCUCCCAAACAAACCCUUCCGUUCCGUUUCACCUUUCCUCUUCCCGCCGGAGCCGCCGUCACCCGCCGCCGGCAAUCGUAUCAGACCCUCCCAAUACACCGUCUCCGACUUCCACGCAGAAUUGCACGAUUCAUUGAUUUCAAUUUUCAAGUCUUGAGGAUUUCGUUUCAACAGCGCUUCAAUUUGACGCAGAAAAACUGAGUCAAACCAAUUCUCCCAGAGUUCGUGACUUGGAUUCUCAAUUUAUCGUUCAUUCCGAAUAGAAUUUGAAACUCCGAAGAAAACUGCACCGAACACUGAAUCUCAGUUACCGAGGAGCUUCUUCUACGAACCGUGCUUAAUUCCACACAGAAACACCGAGUCAAACUGGUUCGUGCUGUGUUCGUGGUUCAGAUUCUCAAUCGAAAUUUGAAAUUCAGAAGAAAACCGCACCGAACACAGAAUUUCAGAAUCUGAACAAGUUUCUUCCGUUAACAGCACUUCAACUUCACGUGGAACAAGAAUCAAACCGUUUCGUGGUUCGGAUUCUCAAUUCCUCGUCCAUUCGCAAUCGAUUUUCAAAUUCCGAAGAAAACCGCUCCGAACACUGAAUUUCAGACUCUGAACAGCGAACAGUACUUCAAGUUCACGUGGAACGAGUCAAAGCGAUUCCAAUCAAUUUCGCGAACUCCUCCACGGUGAACUCCGAUAUUUUCCUGCACUGACUUAGUGAUUCGUUUCAUCUUUCUCAGCUUCGAUUAUCCGUUUGUCGAUGGCGGACUCGGACAACGACUCCGGCGGCGCGCACAACGCCGGGAAGGGGAGCGAGAUGUCGCCGCGGGAGCAGGACCGGUUCCUGCCGAUCGCGAACGUGAGCCGCAUCAUGAAGAAGGCGCUGCCGGCGAACGCGAAGAUCUCGAAGGACGCGAAGGAGACGGUGCAGGAGUGCGUGUCGGAGUUCAUCAGCUUCAUCACCGGCGAGGCCUCCGACAAGUGCCAGCGGGAGAAGCGCAAGACGAUCAACGGCGACGACCUGCUCUGGGCGAUGACCACUCUCGGCUUCGAGGACUACGUCGAGCCUCUCAAGGGCUACCUCCAGCGCUUCCGAGAAAUGGAAGGAGAGAAGACAGUGGCGGCGCGUGACAAGGACGCGCCUCCUCCUACCAAUGCUACCAACAGUGCCUACGAGAGUCCUAGUUAUGCUGCUGCUCCUGGUGGAAUCAUGAUGCAUCAGGGACACGUGUACGGUUCUGCCGGCUUCCAUCAAGUGGCUGGUGGUGCUAUAAAGGGUGGGCCUGUUUAUCCCGGGCCUGGAUCCAAUGCCGGUAGGCCCAGAUAGAUGGGCCUAUGUUAUUAUUAUUAUUAUUAUUGUUAUUAUUAUUCGUAAGUUAAAAGAAAUGUGAGAUUCAAAGUGGUGAUUAAGUGAAUUAGUAACAAAAAAGUGCGACUCAGUUGAUUAAAAAUAUAUAUAAAUUAUUAUAAGUCUUUUAAUAUGUUUUUGAUUCUCACACAUAAAAAAAAUUAGAGUCAACUAGUAAUAAUUUUGAGAGAGUUGGUUUGUAUUCUUAUGAUGAUGAUGGUGAUAUUAUUAUCAUUGAUGGAUUGAUUGGUGAUAUGUAUAGUAUGACACACUUCUAAGUUCUAAGGCCAACAAUCUGUAACUGAUUUGACUGUUGUAUCAUAGAAAUAGUGUUUCCUAGUAUUGUACCUCUUUUGCUUAUUGGUUAACUCUGUACCCAAAUGGUCAAGUUUUCCUUUUUCCUUAUUGGUUAUGUACUUUAAAUUCAACUCUUUUAGGGCUAUGAUAAAAAAGGAAGCGGUGCUAUGAUUCAUA